AUGGGCAAGGUCUUUGGAGCCAGAUUGAUAAAGAGUGUACCCUUCUCGUCUGUUGCACCCAGCGUGCAGAAUACACCAUCCAAGGGCCUCCGUGUGAUUGGAGCAGGUGCAGGCAGAACUGGCACAUCAUCGCUACAAGCGGCUUUGAAAAUCAUGGGUUACAAGCCAUACCAUAUGGCAGAUUGCUUUGUUGGUGAUCAUGCAGAGCUCUGGAAACAUGCCGUUGAAACUGGAAAUGUGGAGAAGGUUGUGGACAUGUUACUGCAAGAAGGAUACGAUGCUAUCGUGGAUGAGCCAGGGUCUUACUUUGUCCCGCAGCUAGCUGAGCACUUUCCAGAAGCAAAAAUUGUGCUGACACACAGAGCCAACAUAGCAGGAUGGAUCCAAAGUGUCAAGAAACUGGCACUUCUACACAACCAGUUUGCCAGCUGGCCAUUCUCAUCUUUGCCUUUCAUACAGCGAUUCGGCUCAAUGGCAAAGGACAUCUUAAGCCGACGCGGUUGCAGCGUCGAGAACUUGCUCAGGGAUGAUGCUGAUGGAACUUGCUCUGAUUGGUACAUGAAGCACUACAAAGAGACAAAGCUGCUCUUUGACGACGGAAGGCUCCUAGAGUAUGACGUGUCUGAAGGGUGGCCCCCCCUUUUGGCGCAUCUGGAGAGUACGAAUGCAACUUCCAUGAUCUCCCCUGCAAUGCCUUUUCCAAGGACAAACAGUGGGGAUGAAGUCUUGUUUAUUGUUUCACUAAUGAAGGCGAUCCCAAUCUUGUGUGCUGUCUUCGUUGGAAUGAUGGUCCAUGCCAUACUAGGGCUCGCUUUCAGAUUUCAGACGAUUGGAUGA